AUGAGUAAAGGAGGAGCUUCGACUGGUGCUCAGAAAGGAGGGAAGAAGAAGGCAGCGACGUUUGUUAUCGACUGCUCGAAGCCGGUAGAGGAUAAGAUCAUGGACAUCGCCUCUCUCGAAAAAUUCCUUCAGGAGCGCAUCAAAGUCGGCGGUAAGCCCGGUGCUCUAGGAGAUUCCGUAACUGUCACCCGUGACAAGAACAAGAUCUCUGUUACUGCUAACGAGACUAGCUUCUCCAAAAGGUACUUGAAGUACCUGACAAAGAAAUACUUGAAGAAGAACAAUAACAAUGUACGAGAUUGGCUCCGAGUGAUCGCAUCUAACAAGGAUCGUACUGUCUAUGAACUAAGGUACUUCAACAUUGCUGAGAAUGAAGCCGAGGAGGAAGAGUAACGAAGCAAAUCAGAAAUUUUCUCCUAAGAUUUUCCUUUACUUUCACUUGCGAAGUAGAUUUUAUUUGUAUUCAGGAUUCCAUUUGUUAAGACAUCUCUUGCUGUUUUGUCUUUUGGGUGAAAGUUUUGUGCUAUAGUUUUGAGUAUAAAUGAAUCAUUGGCAGUCUCUCAUUUUGUAACUGACUAUAAUCCGUUCGUAUCGGUCAUCGCUCCAAGUUGUUCUAGAAUAAUAGAGCUUGAAAUAUACGAGUUCCAAAGA